GGUCCUACUGUCGGACGGUUUCAAAAAUGGUCUCCGCCCCCUGUGAAUUUCUAUAAAGUAAACACAGAUGCUGCGCUAGGUCCAGAUGGAUAUAUUGGGAUGGGUUUUAUGGUGCGAAAUAGUAUUUGUCAGGUCAUGGCAGCUGGAAUGUGUCGAGUGCGGGACUCGCUAUCAGUGGAGGAAGCAGAAAUGGAAGCUGUUUUCUGGGCUGGGCAAUGUGUCUUAGACUUGACAUUCAGGCAAGUGAUGUUUGAAACUGACUGUGCCAGCAUAGUUAAGCUUUUUUAUUCUUCAGUUGAUCUCGUGCCCGUUACUGAGAUGCGUACAAGGAUGCAAAGGUUUAAGGAAUUAGUAGAAUUUUUUACUAGUUCAAGUUGUCAUCGUGUUAUUAGAGAAUGUAAUUCUGUGGCACAUUGCUUAGCUAAGCAAGCUUUGACUUUAAGUUCUUUUGAGCAGAUAUGGAUGGAAGAAUGUUCCCCUGUGGUUUUGAACAUUGUAGUGGCUGAGGCCUCUGUUUAAUUAGAAUAAACAGAGC